UUCCGAUGGGCGGAGUAAAACCUCUCGCUUUGCCUCCUCUUCUUCGCUGAUCGGACAACCAGCGAUUAUUCCAAGUUUAGUAGCAUUUGGAAUUGAUUUGCUAUCAAAGGGCAGUUGUUAUCGAACAUUUUAAUUAAAGGGGGGAAAAAAGAGAGCAGCGUUGCCAUGGCGAAGAGGAUUGCCGACAAAGAGCUGACUGACCGGAACUGGGAUCAGGAGGAUGAGGGAGAGGAGGCAGGGACAUUUUCCAUCGCUAGUGAUGAUGUGAUGAAGAGCCGGCCCAUCAAGAAGGCCAAGCGUCGUGCUGCUGGUUCAGAGGGGCAGAGUGGAGGAGCAUUCAAAGUGUUUAAAGGGUUCUCCCUGGCCCCUACAUCGGGAACCGGGCCAGCCGCUGAGGGGAUCACAGCCUUCUCCGGGUUCGGGAAUGGGGUAGGGUUUAAACCCCUGUCUGGGCUGUCCAAUGGGAACAGUGUCAAACCUGUCACUCCAGCCCUCACCGGGUUCACCUCGCCUACUGCCACCAAGACCACCACACCAGGUUCAUUAACAUUCAGCGGCCCCUCCAGUGCUGUCAUCACAGGGCAGCAGUCUAAUGGUUCCUCCCCCGCGGUUUCCAGUCGGUCUCUCAGCUCCUCUCUCUUCUCUAACAGCGGUAACAACCAGGAAUACAGUAGGCAGCUCACAGCUCUCAACUGCUCUGUCAGGGACUGGAUCACCAAGCACGUCAACGGAAACCCCCUCUGUGACCUAAACCCCAUCUUCAGGGACUAUGAAAAAGCACCUGGCCAAGAGCAGGAGCAGAGCAGAGGAACCAGUGGAGAGAAGCGGGCAGCCAGUACACCACCAGCACCCUCCUCUAGCGCCGCCGCCCCGACCGCCACGGUGCCGGUGUUCUCCUUCAGUAAGGACAAGGACGGCAGCGCUACGGCCCCGGUGGACAGCUCAGCCGCUCCGAUCCCCGCUGGCAUCAGCUUUAGCUUGGGCCAGAAGGGGGACAGCUCAGCCGCUCCGAUCCCCGCUGGCAUCAGCUUUAGCUUGGGCCAGAAGGGGAACAGCUCAGUGUUGGGGUCUCUGAGCACCGGAGGAGCUCCUAGUUGGGGCCAAAGCGGAGGCUGCCCCACCCAGACAACAGAUGAAAACGGGGAGGAGUCGGAUGAACCUCCCAAAGUGGAAGUCCAGGAGAUUAAGGAGACUGACGCGUUCUACUCCAAAAAGUGUAAACUGUUCUAUAAGAAAGAGACGGAGUUCAAGGAAAAGGGAGUUGGAACGCUGCAUCUGAAAACCACCUCAGACGGAAAGACACAGCUGCUAGUCCGCGCUGACACCAACCUGGGUAACAUCCUGUUGAACAUCAUGGUCCAGCCCUCCAUACUCUGUUCCAGGAUGGGAAAGAACAACGUGAUGGUGAUGUGUGUUCCUAACCCUGUCGUGGACCACAACAACCCUACCAACCCUGUCGCCAUGCUCAUCAGGGUCAAAACAGCAGAGGACGCUGAUGAACUGCACAACAUACUGGAGGAGAAGACAGCUUAGAGGACGAGUCCCCUGGAGGGGGGUACAGGCUGCCCCCACUCCACCCUUCUGCCUAUCAACUAACCC